AUGAGCAUCUGGGAGCUGCUGCUGGCUUUCGUGGUGGUGGUGCUGAUGCUCGUGGCCCUGCUGGCCAACGUGCUGGUGCUGAUGUGCUUCCUGCACAGCGCAGACAUCCGCAAGCAGGUGCCGGGCUUGUUCAUCCUCAACCUCACCUUCUGCAACCUGUUGAUGGCCGUGUCCAGCAUGCCGCUGACCUUGGCMGGGAUCAUUUACAAGAGCCAGCCGGGAGGGGAUGAGGUUUGCCACGCCGUGGGCUUCCUGGAGACUUUCCUGACCACCAGCUCCAUGCUGAGCAUGGCAGCGCUGAGCAUUGACCGCUGGAUCGCCGUGGUUUUCCCGCUGAGCUAUCACUCCAAAAUGCGGUUCCGCGACGCCGCUCUCAUCCUCGGCUACACGUGGGUGCACUCGGCGUCCUUCCCCAUCGUGGCAGCUUCCCUCUCCUGGCUGGGUUUCCAUCACCUCUACGCCUCCUGCACGCUCUACAACAAGAGGCCGGAGGACAGGACACAGUUUGUGAUUUUCACGGGGGUCUUUCACGCCCUCAGCUUCCUCCUGUCGCUCGUAGUGCUGUGUUUCACAUAUCUCAAAGUGCUCAAGGUGGCACGGUUCCACUGCAAGMGGAUCGACGUGAUCACCAUGCAGACCCUGGUGCUGCUCGUGGACAUCCACCCCAGCGUGCGAGAACGUUGUCUCGAAGAGCAGCGGAGGCGGAGGCAGCGAGCGACCAAGAAAAUCAGCACCUUCAUCGGUACUUUCAUACUUUGCUUUGCACCUUACGUAAUCACCAGACUUGUUGAGUUAUCCUCUGCAGUCCACAUCAACUCCCACUGGGGGAUCAUUUCCAAGUGCUUAGCUUACAGCAAAGCUGUUUCGGACCCUUUUGUGUACUCUUUGCUGCGGCACCAGUACAAGAAGACGUGGAAGGACAUCAUCAACAAAGUGCUCAAGAGGAGCUCCAUCAACUCCUCGGCGCUGGCGGGAGAGGCGCAGCCCCGGAACGUUCCGCCGCUGAGCGAAUGA